AUGGCUUCGCACACCCCGUCGCAACGUUACCUCAGCACUCGCGGAGGAUCCUACGAUCUGUCCUUCGAGGAUGUCGUCCUGAAGGGCCUCGCCAACGAUGGCGGCCUGUUCAUCCCCGAGGAGAUCCCCGCCCUGCCCGCCGACUGGGCCACGGCCUGGAAGGACUACUCCUUCGAGGAGCUGGCCUUCGCCAUCUUCUCGCUCUACAUCUCGCCCUCCGAGAUCCCGUCCGCCGACCUCAAGGAGCUCAUCCGCAAGAGCUACGCCACCUUCCGCGCCCAGGACCGCACCCCGACCGUCACCCUCGACGAGAAGCGCAACAUCCACCUGCUUGAACUGUUCCACGGCCCGACCUUCGCCUUCAAGGACGUCGCCCUGCAGUUCUUGGGCAACUUGUUCGAAUACUUCCUCGUGAGGCGGAAUCAGGGCAAGACUGAGGGCGACAAGGAGCACUUGACCGUCAUUGGCGCCACGAGCGGCGACACGGGCUCUGCUGCCAUCUAUGGUCUGCGCGGCAAGAAGGAUGUGUCGGUCUUCAUCAUGCACCCGCAGGGCAAGGUCAGCCCCAUCCAGGAGGCCCAGAUGACCACGGUGCUGGACGCCAACGUGCACAACCUUGCCGUCGACGGCACCUUUGACGACUGCCAGGACUUCGUGAAGGCCCUCUUCGCCGACGAGGCCAUCAACAAGACGCACCGCCUGGCCGCCGUCAACUCGAUCAACUGGGCCCGCAUCCUCGCCCAGAUCACCUACUACUUCGCCGCCUACUUCGCCCUCGUCCGCUCGCCCGCCUACACCAGCGGCGCAGCCGUGCGCUUCGUCGUGCCCACGGGCAACUUCGGCGACAUCCUCGCCGGCUACUUCGCCAAGCGCAUGGGUCUGCCCGUCGACAAGCUGGUCAUCGCCACGAACGAGAACGACAUCCUCGACCGCUUCUGGAAGAGCGGCCGCUACGAGAAGAAGCCCGUCCACGGCGCCGCGGCCACGGGCGGCCUGCCCGCCGACGGCGUCAAGGCCCACGAGAGCGGCGUCAAGGAGACGCUGUCGCCCGCCAUGGACAUCCUCGUGUCCAGCAACUUCGAGCGCCUGCUCUGGUUCCUCUCCUACCAAAUCGCCAGCGAUUCGGCCACCGUCGCCGAGAGGCGCGCCGCCGCCGGCGACCGCGUGCGCGGCUGGCUCAACGACCUCAAGACGGCCGGCGGCUUCGCCGUCGACGCGUCCAUCCUGGCCGCCGCCUCGGCCGACUUCGAGUCGGAGCGCGUGUCGGACGAGCAGACGCUGGCCACCAUCCGCACCACCUACCUCGCCACGGCCGCCCAGCAGGCGCCCAAGAAGGCCGCGCACCACGGCACCAAGGGCACCCUCUCCGCCGCCGGCAACUACAUCCUCGACCCCCACUCGGCCAUCGGCAUCGCCGCCGCCCAGCGCAGCGUCGAGCGCGCCCCCGCGCCCCAGUGCCACCACAUCUCGCUCGCCACCGCCCACCCGGCCAAGUUCUCGCAGGCCGUCCAGCUCGCCCUCAAGGACCAGGCCGACUUCGACUUCGCCACCGUGCUGCCCGACCAGUUCGUCGGCCUCGAGCAGAAGGAGAAGCGCGUCACCGUCGUCAGGAAGAGCGACGGCAUCGACGGCAUCAGGAGCCUCGUCAUCAAGAGGGUCGAGGAGGAGAAGUUGGCGAACGGCCAUUAG